UUUACUUUCGUUUAGGCUGCCGGUAAAGUGGACAGUCAGCGGCUAAGUUAAUGGUACCUCAUAACGAAUCGUUUUAAGUAAAAAUUUGAUUGUAUGUCAUGGCCCAAUUAUGAGUGCGGCACCUUGCAUAUGCUUUCUCGUAAUUACAGAUGAUUUAAUUAGUGGCUGUCUUUUUAUGCUCUCAUGAAGAAACGGGCGAUGUGAUGUCAGUUGUGCGUAAAAGCGGCACCGGUCUUCGGCGCUCUUUGCCCUGGUCAGGCUGCAUCUUGCGCAAUAUGGGCGCGGGCGUAACGGGGCGUAAGUUCUCAGCUUCUCCGCUGCCUUCAGAGGAGGCGUCUCUCUACGUACACUGGCCCUACUGCCUGAAACGCUGCUCCUACUGCAACUUCAACAAGUACAUUUCCCGGGAUGUCAACCACGCCGAGAUGAGGGCAUGUCUGCAGUUAGAGAUUGAAACAUUACUCAGAGUCAGCCAAGUGUCCCGCAUCACUUCUGUGUUUUUUGGCGGUGGGACCCCCAGCCUGGCCCCACCCUCAACAGUCGCAGCCAUCCUGGAGACGGUUGCUAGGCGUGCAGAUCUUCCCGUUGAUGCCGAAGUGAGCUUAGAGAUAAACCCGACCCCCGUGGGACUGGCCUCGCUGGAGGAAUUCAGGCUUUCUGGGGUGAAUCGUUUCUCCAUAGGAGUGCAGUCUCUUCAUGAUGAGGCUCUGAGGGUUUUGGGUCGAGACCACAAUUCCCAAGAUGCCUUGCACACAAUAGCAGAGGCUCAGAGGUUGUGUCCUGGUCGUGUGUCCGUGGAUGUCAUCUUUGGUCGCCCGGGCCAAACCGUGGAAUCCUGGGAGGCAGAGCUAACCGAGUUGCUGUCGGCCUGCGAUGAUCAUGUGUCGCUGUACCAGCUGACCCUCGAAAGGGGCACUCGCCUCUUCAAGCAGGUGGAGGCGGGUCAGCUGACCAUGCCAGGCGAUGAUGUCACUGCUCACAUGUAUGAGUCGGCACGGAGGAUUUUGGGAAAGCGAGGAUUCUUGCAAUAUGAGGUGUCCAACUUUGCCAGAAAUGGUGCUGUCAGUUCUCACAACAUCAGCUACUGGAAGGCGGGUCAGUACCUUGGCGUCGGCCCAGGUGCACACGGCCGCUUCAUCCCCCGCCAGGAGGGGGCGCUAUUGAGGGAGGCCCGGACCCAGACCCUGGAGCCUGAUGUGUGGAUGAAGGAAGUCCGGUGCAGGGGUCACGGAACGCGCCGGAGGAUUCAGCUCGGUCCUCUGGCUCUUGGCCCUACAGUUCCGUGUCCAACACGCCCUUUCUCCGCCUGCAGACUGGAGGAGGUGUUGGCGAUGGGCCUGCGCCUCGUUGAAGGCGUGUCUCACCGGCGCUGGAAAGAGUUCAGCCCAGAUGCAGACCUCCAUCAGGUUUUUGGCCUGUCCACAGAGGUGCAGGACCUUCAGAAGAGGGGUCUGCUGGUCCUGGAUGACAGGGGUCUCCGGUGCUCCUGGGGGGGUCUGGUGCUGUUGGACAGCCUCCUCCCGCCUCUGCUUCUCCAACUGCAGGCAUACCAUGACCACCAGGGGGCGUCUGGGUGAUGGAGGUGGUCAUCAUCUCAUAAGCAAAAACGCAACCAUGCUAAAGAUCGCAGAGGAGGGGAUGGGUUUGUGAAAAUCCGUGCAGUUCGUCAUCGUCUAGCCCGACCUCCUAUGUGAAAUCCGCACGCUGCAGCGGUUGUACGAAUGUACGGUUGUACAUGAACUUUAACCUUUGCAUUUCAGCCAAUGCUCUUUAUCUAACCAGCACAGCAAGUUCUCUACAGUCAGUCUUUGAUAAUCUGAAAAAUUUUGAAUAUUUAAGUUAAUAAAGACUGUAUAUUUUCAUAUAA